AUGAGGCCUGCUUUUCGUGCAAAUGCACCCUCGGCUGCGUGGGUUAUGAGGGUGCCCGCUCAUAGCCACACAUAUCCCUGCCAAAGCUGGAGACCGGUUUCAUUGAGCUCCGCUAGCAGUACAAGGUCGAUAUCUGCGAUCCGGUCCGGGCACAUCACGCUGAAUCAGAAUGAGGGUAUCAUUUACAUCAAUAAUAUCUUCCCUCGUCGACUACAAUCGCUAUUGCGGGGUCCUUUGAGUCAUGUACAACCUCUGGAGUGGCUCCUAAAACGAUCGAAUCGACCAGAUGUGGCAGCAUCUGAGCCAUUGAAAAUAGCACGGCACGUUAUACCUCGUUCUCUCAAUAUUGAAAUUAAAGAUGUCGUCCCUCGAUACAAGGAAGGCGGUGCAUUCGUCAAAUACGCACGAAAGUCCAAAGCAACUGAUCAGAUUAUCUGCGAUGCCAUUCAAUUUCAUCUUAAGAGCAACCCAAUCAGACCUUGGUUCAACCCGUUUCAAGUAGCGGGCGCAGAUUUAGUUCGUGGAAGGCCGUGGAUCGAGGAUCUAUACCGCAUUCCGAGUCAAACCUUGAAAGUUGAAUUUCUCCCGGAUUCAACUGAAGGGCCACCUGAGGAACUUACACAGGAGGCUCUCUAUUCCCUUUUCCGUCCUUAUGGAAAAAUUACCGACAUUCAGCAGCAGCCUUCGGAUUCAAAGAUCCUGCCGAGGUAUGCUACUAUUCGCUUCGAUCGGCCGAGGUACGCCGUCAUGGCUAGAAAUUGCAUGCACGGAUAUGCUGCAUCAGAGGAAGAAGGAGGCGGGAAAUCUCGCACCAGGUUCAAGAUCAAUUAUGAGCGCAAGAUCCGAGUGUCGAUGAUCAAAGAUUGGCUUUUCAGCCAUCCACGGAUCGUCAUCCCUGCCAUCGCGGCUCUGGUGGCUACAAUCACCGUUAUCGUGUUUGACCCUAUCAGGACAUUCUUUAUUAAGCUGAAGAUUAAGUCUAGCCUCCAUACUGCGGAAAAUGCUGCUAUUACGUGGAUUCGGAAGCAGGCGAGUAAAGCGAAUCAGAUAUAUUUUGGACAACGUAAAGGAGACCCUCGGGGCUUGACAGCGAUUUGGGAGGACCGACAAAAUGAUAUCUCGCAGCUGCGAGCAUGGUUGUCGGAGACGGCUGAAACCUUCAUCGUGAUUCACGGACCAAGAGGUUCCGGCAAGCGCGAGCUGGUUCUGGAGCAGGCAUUGAAGGAUCAUCAUUUCAAGGUGAUCAUCGACUGCAAACAAAUUCAGGAUGCUCGGGGAGAUACGGCAAAAAUUUCCCGAGCUGCAGCGCAAGUAGGCUACCGGCCGAUAUUCUCUUGGAUGAACAGUAUCAGCAGUUUCAUUGAUCUAGCUGCACAGGGAAUGAUUGGUACCAAGGCAGGCUUCUCUGAGACGUUGGAUGCUCAGCUGAACAAGAUUUGGCAAAACACGGCAGUCGCUAUGAAACGACUUGCGUUGGAGUCUCGCAAUAGAAACGAUAAGGAUGCUACUUUGAGUGAUGAUGAGUACCUAGAGGCUCAUCCUGAGAGGCGUCCAGUUGUCAUCAUUGACAACUUUGUUUAUGAUGCGGAAGAUAGCAUCGUUCUUGACAAGUUGACACAGUGGGCGGCGAGCUUGACUGCAGCUAAUAUUGCACAUGUCAUCUUCCUCACCACUGAUUCUUCUUUUUCGAAGCCUCUAAGCAAGGCUCUACCGAAUCAAGUCUUCCGCACUAUUGGACUGGGUGACUGCUCUCUUGAAGUUGGUCGUCGCUUUGUGUUGAACCACUUGGAAGAGGCGACCGAUGCAGUCGAAGAAGUUGAAGGAGAUGAAAAGUCAAAGGAUGCGACACAAGGAAUCGAUGGUCUUGAUGCCUGUAUUCAGAUUCUUGGCGGCCGAGUCACUGAUCUUGAAUUCAUGGCGCAUCGCAUUAAAGCUGGAGAAACUCCUCAAGCUGCGGUCAAACGUAUCAUUGAGCAGUCCGCUUCGGAGAUCUUGAAGAUUUUUGUUUUGAGCACAGACUCUGCCUCGACACAAUGGUCCACCGAACAAGCAUGGCAUAUCAUCAAAUCUCUCGCAGAAGCCAAAGACGAACAACUUCUCUACAACAAAAUCCUCCUGCACGAACUAUUCAAAGAGAAUGGUGAAGCGACCCUACGAGCUCUCGAACAAGCCGAACUAAUCACGAUAGCCUCGGAGCAGGGAUUUCCGCAAUGUAUCAAACCAGGCAAGCCCGUGUACAAAGCCGCGUUUGAGAAAUUGCUCGAGAACAGCAACUUGAAAAGUCGAAUGAAAUAUCUGGUUGCUAGUAUGCUCGUCAGCAACGAGAACAAAAGCAUCACGAAGUAUGAGCAGGAACUUCAACUUCUUGGCUCAUUGCCGAAACAUCCCUAUGAAAUUAAGCAGCGUAUCCAGUGGCUUGAGAGGAAGAUCUACAAGGCUCAAUCGAAGAUUGAUCGGUGGGAAUGGGAUCUUGUUUAG